AUGGGACAACCGAUGAUAGAACUCAUUGAUCAAAAACAAGUUACUACAGAAAUUUGUUUUCCAUUUAUUAAAGCACUCGAACAGAGAUUUAUCGAUAAUAAAGAAACAACAAGUCAAAUGAUGAGAGCAUUCUUCUUUAGCUUAGCAAUACAAUUAGAAAAAUAUUUUAAAAUUCUUAAAAAUUUUCCACACAAAGUUCAUCGUCAAUUGGCUUCGUUUAUUCUAAUUGCACUUCAACAUCGACAUCAAAAUGAAAAUGAACAAAUGCCAUUCGAACAUAUUAUAACAAUAAUUCUUUGA